CAUCACAAAGGACUCUAAAAGUCACUCGUCUUAUAAUUUUAAAGCCUCAUGUUACAAUAUCCAGAAAAGAGCAUAAGAGAUUUUGGCACCCAAAUGAUUCUUUAAUAUUCUCGACGGGCCCUAACCCCUGGACCUUGUCGCCAGAACUUUGCACAGACGGGAGAUGUAGCGCUCCUUCAAAUCAUCUCCACAUCGUACUGCAGCACUCUCAAAUUCUAAAAAGCUCUUUCGUUCUUCAUGUUCUGAAAUCCACAAAAGAUUUAUUAACACUACCACUUUCCAAUAGAAUUCUCAUCUUGGCCGACCCCACCCUCAGCUGCAGCUUCCAGAAUUUGGGCCUACGACACAUCACAGGGUCUCUCACAAUUGAUGAGGUACAUACCGGUCUCCCUUUGUUAUUUUAGCAAUUGGAUCUCGAGACUCAGCUAAUCUGAGUCUCGAAAACUGUUUUCCUCUAUCCGGACUCUUAUGUAUGCAAGAGCCGGCAGAUAAAAAUCCACUCCCUUUAUUACAUUAACCUUGGUGGAAAUUCACAUCCUGACAUCAGAUCAUACCAAUCGUUGGUCAACUGGAACCCUUUCGCCUUGCUGCAUCCCCAUUCCCAAAGUUGAUGCAACUAGCUGCGCUUCUUGUAUCGUGUCACUUUGUCCUGUUUUAAACUCUAAUGUCAGAAAGAACUUUACACCGCAACCAGUUCCACAAAUCUUCAUCGCCAGACACCACCGCGGAAGAGCAUUGUGCAUAAGCUGGGUACUUCCAGAACCAUCGAAACUUCAGCUCCCCGUAUGCUCCAUAAUUGUGUCUGUUAAUCCAUGUUCACAUCCAUUACUGCAGCUUGAGCAACAAACCCUUUCAGACCCCGCCAACGUUGGAGUGUCUCCGAUAACUGCUUUAAAUUCCACAGUAGGGCAAAUAGUUCUGUAGAAGGUGCUUAGGAAGCUAAAAGUUUUCAAUACUUACAUUUCGAUCCGUUUGAAUAGUGGGCGGAGGUUUUUGCUCACUCCAACGCGGAACUAUCAUGAGUGGUAAAGGCCGCCUAGACCGGUCUAAGCAAUCAAUACCCGAUCAGCAUCUCCUCAAACUCGAAAGCAACCCUCAGGCACGGCAUUCUCAGCAGCUACUAAGUUCGGCUCGAUCUUACGCGGAUCUGAACUACCUUUUUGGGAGUCAGGACAUAACCAUGCUUGGGCCCAUUCCCAAACCAAACCGGCGAAAAUCAACUCAAGGUACUGAGCAUGUGAAGCAUCGUCGAACAAGAUCUGGCUGUUAUACUUGUCGUAGUAGGCGAGUGAAGGUACCUACUUGACAUUUUACAUUCCAGUAAACGCGCGCUAACUUUCCAGUGUGACGAGCACCACCCAAAAUGUGAUAGUGAGAUUUUGAGCUUAUCUUUUGGAGCACAGAGCUAACAUCAAAAUCAUAGGAUGCACAAAGGGCAAUCGAGAAUGUGUAUACCCGGAUGUGCAGAAGUCGGCAAAGGGUGCAGGAAAUACUUCCUCUAAAGUUGGACAUCCAAAGCCAUCAGAAAGCCCUGGUUCAUCCGAAGAUGAAUACGAGGACCAAGAAGUAGAACGUCUUGAGGUUAUCCGAGAUGAAGAUGAAAUUGAAAGCCAAACCGAGCGACCGGAAAACAGUUGGAAUACUAAUGCCGCUGCACCAAAUUCCCAUCCUACCAUGCGAACCAAAAGUUCUACACGGCAGAGCUCAGAAACCCCUUCAUUGAUACAAGAUAAAGGAUCUUCCCCGACGCCUUCAACCGAAGGCUCUAUUGGUUAUUCUUCAUUCGAUCAAGGGGCCGCUAGUUCUCAAUUCGAGGAAGAGACAUUCGCAAAUGACUCGGAAUCCGGCAAACUAAGGAGUAGCUGGUCACAUCUGCCAGCUGAUCUACAGUUUUACUUAAGAUAUUAUUGUCAGAAUAUAACCUUCAUGCAUUAUAGCUUGAGGUCCAACCAUGAGGGCUUUAUCCACACAUUGUUAUUGGACGUUGCCCUCCGGAGUGAACCGCUUCUCUACGCAGUCGUGGGAUUCUCGGCUUUCCAAUAUGCUGUAGAGAAGCGAGAAGGAAAAAUCCAAGACUUUUUACAAUACUACAACAAGGCAGUGUCAUUACUUUUAAAGUCACUGAGGAAAGGUGUUCGGCAUACUACAGCGACGCUCUUGGCUAUUCUACAGCUGGCAACGAUCGAGGUAAGAACAUGAAAUGACGACUGCAGCAUGACGAACUGAUCACUCACAGGAAUAUCUUGGGGACUGGGCGAAUCUCUUAGGCCAUCAAAAGGCUGCAUACAAAAUCUUAAUAGAUCUAUAUGCACCACAAACGAUCUUUGAGACAGGUAUAGGCCGCGCCCUUUUUGGCUGGUACGCACGUUUCGACGUAAUGGCUGGAAUUAUGGGUGGUUUUGACGCAUCUAUCCCACGAGAAUGGUUUUCAUAUUCACAAGAGUACUUCAAGAGCCAAAUGGCCAUGCACCCGAACAGUCUAGUAUGGAGGAUAGAGCUUCAGAUUUCGACAGUGCGUCUCGUGGGUAGAGACAUGUCGACAUUAUUUGCGAAAAAGGGGAAAGGGGAAAUAAGCCACGAACAAUUUAUUGUUGAGAACGCAGAGAUGACGCAGAGGAUGAGAGAUUUCAUGGACCCGACAUUAUUAGAUAGUCGAUUUUUGGUUAUGGACUUCUCACCGACGAACAAACAAGCCGAAGGUCUUUUUGAUCCAUACAAACCGGGUGUGCUUUACAGUGGGCCGCUUUCGCUCAUCAAUCUAGCCCUGAUGGACUGGCGUGCUAUGUAUCUAAUGCAUGGACUGCAUACUGCCCAAGCGAUGCAGACAAUUCCUGAUAUUGAGCAUAUGAGCCAAUUAUCCACCGACUUUUGUCAGCUGUAUGAGGCCAUUCUGCACCAUCCGGAGAUACCCAAGGGAGCGGCGGUAGGUCUCCAAGGAGGUCUUGGUAUUGCAGCGUUUUUCCUACCAAAAGAUGAGGCACACACCAUGUGGAUGCGCCGAAAGUUUGCAACAAUAGAGUCUCAAGGGUAAUGCGACCUCUAUUCACAGAUGCUCUACUGCUAACACAGCAAUUAGUUUCAUACAAACCUUCGCAUUCAGGAGCAAAAUGGCUGAGCUUUUUCGAGAUAAUUCUUGCAUGCAUUGGUGGCUACCAAAUGACGAAAUGUAUCAUCCAAUCAUUCGCUCCAUACGAAAAUUUGUCGAGGACAGAACGUCGUUGCCAAAAAACUCCGAGAGCAAAGAUGUCCAGGACAUGAAAGCUGUGUUUUCUGCUAUGGAUGUUAGUGACCAGAGUGAUAGCUCACCCCAACUGACUAGCAAGGGCAAAUCGGUAGCAACGGAAGUGGAUGUAGCUAGCAACUCGGGGUGGUCACCUGCACAAACAAAUAUGAGUUACAGUCAAAACGAAUAUGGAGGCGGCUCUACCAACGAACAACCUUUCUGGGAAGAUCAUGCUGAAGGGUAUCAAUGAUUACGAAGCUUUCAAGAAUCAAGCUUAUCAUAGGAAAUAACCACAGGCCUUGGACAGCUGCAUAGUAUCUUAGCGCCCUUCGUGGUGCCACCGGGGUCUGUGGUCCGGCACGGGGAUGGAAUAUUGAAACUUUACUCUGGAAGGUUCUAGGAAAAGCGAAAAAUAAUAUUCUCGUCCCUAGUGCCGAAUAACGUAACGGAAUUCCCAAACCGGUGUGACUAGAGACCUCGAGGGGUUUUUGGAGCGGGGCCCUAUCUUCUAUGAGGUGGAAGAAUGGUCAUAGGAUGCUACGAGGAAACAUUCGUGUUAUGCCAUUAUUAUAUCAAUGUAUAUAUUAUCGUCUGAUUAUCCCGUAGUGGAAAAUCGAAUACCAGGAAUUUGAUGAAUCAAUGAGCAACUUGGUUGGACACACAUUUACGAUUGUGUAGAAAGAUUCACCUCGAUAUAGAUGUGAGCACCUCUAGAUGUUUAUAAUAAACACUAGAUACUUGUUUAUUAAUAGCAUAAAAAGUUAAAGAAGUUUAAACAUGAGGAUGAAGU